AUGGACCGGGUUCUUUAUCUCACGCAACUGUCUGAACUCACGCCUCUGCCCCUGAUGAUUCCCCUACAUAUCCAAAAUCAACUGGCCACGGAAACUGUGGUAGAACAUGGCGCCAAAAGUCCAUACUACGCAAUCCUAAAGUUUAAAGAAGAAAGAGGAGAUCAUCUGAACACUAGAGAACUGAACUCUCUAGCCUGGCACGAGGCAUUCGUCCAGUGGUGUAUUCGGCACAAGAAGAAGGUUGAACGGGUAAAGCUUGGGAUCGCCAAUCUGGUCAAGACGGCAAUCCUUAGCGACGGCAUGACGUUCAGUGUCGUGAUGACUACCAUCGCUCACGUCGCCGUGCGUCGUCGGAUCGUCGAGCCGAGCGACGAGGUCCAGCAGCUGGAAGACGCGAUCCACCGUAUCGGAUAUGCAGCGAGGCAAUUGCCACUAGAUGAGCAGACGGUUCUCAACGCUAUGUGGGAGGCAUGCUGCGGAGAGUUUGAGCGUUGGAACACUACGCGUGUUCUGAUAUGUCUGUUUCGGACCUGGGUGUGUCUGCAUUUCGGCUAA